GAGGGCUGAACCGCGGAUUCUCCGCAGAUGAAGUUAUCCGCAAGCGGCUGCUGAUCGAUGGCGAUGGAGCUGGCGACGACAGGCGGAUCAAUUUGUUGGUGAAGAGUUUCAUUAAGUGGUGUAAUUCCGGAUCUCAGGAGGAAGGAUACAGCCAGUACCAACGAAUGCUGAGUACUUUAUCACAGUGUGAAUUUUCAAUGGGAAAAACUCUUCUGGUGUAUGACAUGAACCUGAGAGAGAUGGAAAAUUAUGAAAAAAUCUAUAAAGAUAUAGAAAAUAGUAUAGCUGCAGCCCAUGAGAAGAUCUCUGAAUGCAAGAAACAAAUCCUGCAAGCAAAAAGGAUUAGAAAAAAUCGCCAGGAAUAUGAUGCAUUGGCCAAAGUCAUUCAGCAUCACCCAGACAGACAUGAAACACUGAAGCAGCUAGAAGCUUUGGGAAAAGAACUGCAAAAUCUUUCUCACAUUAAAGAAAAUGUUGAAGAUAAGUUGGAGCUGAGAAGGAAGCAGUUCCAUGUUCUCCUGAGCACCAUCCAUGAACUUCAACAAACCUUGGAGAACGAUGAAAAACUUUCAGAAGCUGAGGAAUCCCAAGAAGCUCAGAUGGAAGCAGAGGCCAAGCAGUAGAUGUCAUAUGAAGCCUGACAAUACUACUUAGGAAAGUCCAAGUAUCUUCACUUUCUGUUGAAAUCAACAGUAAGAGAGAUGGAGCUGGAAAUCAUUUUCUACUGCUGCUGUGAAUUUUUAUACAAAAAUACGUGUUUUGCAUAUGCUUCAGGGGAAAACAGUUGCAGAUAUUUGCAGACAGGAACUCAGUGUUAAUCCACAAACUUUGUAAUUUGUGACCAAUAUACUUUGUUUCACAAAGGAUAAAACUUUUACACCAUACUUGUGAACUGAGGUGUUUGCAAAACUUUGCCAAUAAAAGGUGUUUUCACA